CCUGUUUCUUUUAGACGCUUCAGCGAAAUGUGAGGUUUCAUUUAACAUAUUUUCUGUUGUUAACGCUAACAUUAUAUUAUAUUUUAGAGAACAGACAUCUCAGAAGAUGGCUCAUUUGACAAGCAACUCUGCUGACAAAGAGAGGUUCUUGUGUAUAUACCCAGCUUACAUCAACAGUAAAAAGACAUUAGCAGAGGGCCGAAGAAUACCAACUGAGAAGAGUGUGGAAAACCCUUCCUGUGCUGAAAUCAGAGAUGUUCUAACUGCUGCUGGAAUGAAUGUCUAUGUUGAGAACAAGAUGUAUCCACGGGAAUGGAACAGAGACGGACAGUUCAGAGGAAGAGUGCGAGUUCAAGUCAAAAAAGAGGAUGGAAGCUUGUGUCAAGACAAGUUUACCUGUAAAAAAGACAUUAUGUUUUACGUGGCCGAGAUGAUUCCCAAGUUGAAGACGAGAACACAGAAAAGUGGAGGUGGUGACUCAGGAGCACAGCCAGGAGAAGGAGGGAAGAAAGGGAAGAAGAAGAAGAAAUGAUUGCUUUCCCUCAUUCCAUUACAUCGCUCGCGAAGCUUUUGUAUGUAUAUCGCUCAUGUCUGGUCAAUGCAAAAACAGGAGGUGAACGUUUUGCCAGAGUUUACUCUGUUUAUAUUAAUAUUGUGACUGUUUAUCAAACAUAUAAUAAAGUCAGAAACAAGAGGACACAUUUUCAGGCCUUUCUGCUGUGACUUUCCUUUAGGACAUUAAUAUUAACAUUAUUUUUCCAGAAUAUUUGGGCUGAGAAAUCUGGGUUUUUGUUACCAUAGAACAUGCUUUGUUGUGACUAUUUAAAAGAGAAUUUUUACAAUAUGUUCAACAACACAGAAUACUGGAAUAUUUAAUCCAUGUUUAAUUAUACUUUUUUUUUUUAAUAAAUGAAAUGCAUAGAAA